GAAUCCUCAUUGUAUUCUCACAGGAAAUUUGCAAUCGGAGUCGUGCACCGAAGUCAUGUCAAAACCCUGUAGAUUAUUUGUAUAAUGAGAAGACAGCCGCACCUGUCUGAUGUUUACAGUGUCAAAUAAAAAAUGUGCUGACAUAGCACGAAAGCAUUUAACCUGAAAACAAGGACAUAUGAUAUGUUGUAAGCUGAUUAAGCUGAUUGUAGCCUUCAUUUCUGAACAAAGUGAAACUGUGUGCAAUGGAGGCGUCUAACUAUCGGUAUCUCCUUUACUUUGAUAUGCCUGGGCUUGAUGUUAACCAGCAAGACAAGGUUGGAAACUAUUUUAAAGUUAAAAGAAAGUCUGACGGCGGCGAAUGCAGUCUGAAGAAAAUCAGUGACAGUGUUUACCACAUUGCAUUCAAAGACGAAGAAGCUCAGAAAAGGGUCCUAGAAAGAAGAGAGCACUCGAUUGAAAUGCCCAGUGGAUGCAUUGUAAUCACGGUCAGAGACUCAGAAUAUGCCUCGUCUGGACUCAAAUCAGCCCAUACCUCACCUGCUAGUCAGCAGGUGAAUGUUGAUAAGAGAAAUCAAUUUGACCUUGACCAAGAGUCCAGAAGACGACAGUCUCCUCUUGGAUUAGGAAAGGCUGAGACUGAAAGUCUGACUAGGCCUCUUAUAGUGCUCAAACUGGACUCCUACUUAAUCCGCUACCUACAGGACUGUGCAGAGGCUGGCAAUGAGUUGCACCAUCAACUUUCUCUACUGAGAUGCUUGGUUCAUCUAUGUCAGGAGAAGGAUGAGGCAACAGUGACUCUAGAAGGGGGUAAUGAGUCUUCAUGUUUGAAGGAAAACAUUAAAAAGGCUUUUGAGGACAUACAGGAGAGGUACAAAUGCCAUUAUGAAGCUAACCUGACCAAACAACAAACUUUGAUGAAAAGUCCUGAACUUGUCAACAAAUCCCUCCGCAUUUACCCUGAAUUGAGUCAGGGUUUCACUGUUAUAGUGGGCUUAAAUGAAGACAUCCGGAAGAUUCUGCAGAUACUAGAUGCCUUGGUUUUCCAGAAAAUAAGGACGGAAAGCUCAAUUAAGACAGAAUGUAUGAUACGGGGUCCAAAAUAUAAACUUGUAAGGAAUUCUUUUGAAAAUGAAUUGCGAGUACAGUUCCCCAGCCUAGUUAUAUCUGGAGACUGUCAGUUUUCUCUGUUCUUAGAAGGUGCCCCUGAAGAAGUCCAUUAUGGGAGACUGAAACUACUUGAAUUGUUGAAUCAAGUUCAGGAACGUUUUGUCAAACUCACCAGUCUCCAGAUUUCAUUCCUGAAAAGAAGUGGCACUCAGCAAUUCAUGACAAAGUUCUUCAGCACACUGCAAAGCCCUGUUACUUUAGAAGCAGAUCUUGAUGUAAAACUGUUUGGGCUUUCUAAGAAGGGGCUUGAAGAAGCUGAGAAGGUCCUCCUGGUGGAACUCCAAGAAGAUGUUAUUAGAGUCCCUGAGGAUUGUCUGCUUUCUACCCACCUUCCACAACUGAAGGAAUUCCUGCAGAGCACAGAAUCUCAUUUAAACUAUUCAGGAGCGAGAAAUGUUGAGAUCUUGUAUUCACAAAAAUCCAACACAGUUAGUCAAAAGAUUCAUGUUGUAGGGUACAACAAUGAAGUGAAAAGGGCAAGAGAAAUGAUCAAAAGCUACAUAGAAAAAAUAAACACCACAAUCACCCAAGAAGUCCUUCUACAGAGCUCCCAGCUGGCAGACUAUUUCUUCGACCUGCUUGAGCUUAUAGAUUUUCAGAAUUGUGCGGUUGAGAUGAUCACUGUGCAUUCUCCGUCACCUGCUGUCCAGCUAACUGGACCCUACCAGCGUGUGAUGGACAUCAAGAAUUAUCUUCAGCAAGCACUCGACACUUUGGUUUUAGAAAGGCUGAUCAUCUCAAAACCAGGAGCUUACGAGUAUUUCCAAGGGCCUGGAAAGGAGUACUUGACUCUAUUGGGCAAGAAAUAUUGUUGUCUGCUCAAGAUGACUGAUACUGGUAACGUUGCGGUAAUGUAUCCAGCAGAAGGAGCAUCAGAGGGCGUCUUGUGCAGUUUCCAGCUAGGGAGCAAUCUUUCUCUCCUUAUCCAACAAGGGGAUAUAACCAAGUUGAAGGUGGAUUCCAUUGUAAAUGCUGCCAAUGAGGAUCUGAUGCAUGGAGGUGGGUUGGCAUUGGCUAUAAGCACUGCAGGAGGUGCAGCAAUCCAACAAGAGAGCAAAGAGUUGGUGAAGAUGACGGGUAAGGUGUUGCCUGGAAAUGCAGUGGUCACUUCAGCUGGUAAACUGUUUUGCAAAAAGGUCAUCCAUGCAGUUGGACCUAAAUGGGAAAAUGGAAAAAGUCCUGACAGAGUUAAACAGCUUCUGGAGAGUGCAAUCAAGCAGUCCUUGGAAUUAGCUAAUAAAAUGGGCUUCGAGUCAGUGGCUGUGCCAUGCUUGAGCUCAGGGAUCUUUGGAGUUCCCCAGGUAAUCUGCGCUGAAUGCAUUGUGUCGGCAGUGAGAAGUUUUGCUAGGGUACCAAGCUCCCUUCGUGUUGUUACUCUCAUUGACAUCAGAAAGGAGACAGUGAAAGAAUUUCAGACUGCUUGUCAGAAGCUCUUUGGGAAUGACAAAUGUACUGAAGAGUUUGAGAGGAUACAAGAAAAGGAACUAGGAGCCACAGCAUUCCCUGUAUCCGAAGAAGCCACUGCUGGAGUCGACACUCUCAAAGUGGAGAUAGUCCAGGGCAAAAUCGAGGAACAAAAGACUGAUGUGCUGGUUGCUCCACUGAAAGACCUUGACUUGGCCUCCACAAGGGUUGCUAAGGCUUUACUGGAGAGAGCUGGCUCCAAGCUAGGACAGAGCUUUGUCCAGUCUGCUAGCGGUGUACAGUUCCACCCUGGUAAUGUGAUGGCGGUCAGUGGAGAUUCAGGUCUCGACUGUAAGCAGGUGCUGUUCCUUCUGUGCAGCCAGUGGGAUGGACCACAGGGGAACGCUAUAAAGGCUCUUCAUAGAGGCUUGCAGGCCUGCCUGGAGCACUGCAAUUCCAUGGCCCUGGAGUCCAUUUCCUUCCCUGUGAUUGGUUCAGGGGUGGUUCUUGGUUUCCCCCAUGAGGUAGCUGCCGAAGCUCUACUGAGUGAAGUGAGCCGUUUCGAGCAGGACCACAUUUCCAGCUGGAUCAAGACAGUGAGGAUAGUCAUUCACCCACGCGACACACAGUCCACAGCGGCAUUUCGAGAUGCACAAAAAGGAAUAGAUCUGAAGGAGUUAAGAAUGGAAACCGAAUCGGAGCAAAUCUUCUACCACUCUGUCUCAUCCCAUCCUGAUGAUAUUACUAUAAUGAUGGACGGAGUGAAGUUGCAAGUGGUCCAUGGAGAUAUUGUCACAGAAACUGUGGAUGUCAUUGUCAACUCCACAGAUUUCACGACAGAUUAUAAAGGUGUAGCACUGGCUAUACUCUCUGCAGCUGGACCUGGCGUUCAAAGAUCCCUUCAGACAGCUACUGUACCUCCUGAAGAGAUUGUGGUCACACAGCCAGGAAAUCUCAAAUGCAAACUGAUCAUGCAUGUGUGUGGUGAAAAAGACGCAGGCUUCAUUAAAAAGCAAACCAAAAGGGUCAUUCUCCUGUGUGAACAACAAUCUUAUAAAUCAGUGGCCUUCCCAGCAAUAUGUACAGGGGUAGGUGGUUUGGAUCCCUGGCUGGUUGCUAAAGCUAUGGUUGACGGGGUCGCUUCCGCUGUACGGGACAGAAAGUUGCACUUCGUCUCCACAGUCCGGAUCGUCCUGUGGAAGAGAGAUGUCUUCACCGUUUUCAAAUGCACUGUGGAGGGUUGUUUUGGAAGGGCUGCACCACUACGUACACCCAUAGAGUUCACCAAGCACUUGAUGCAGAAAGUGAAAACCUUGCAACUUCUAAAACAGACUCCGGACACGGAUAAGAGGGAGUUAUUUCGCAGAUCACAAGACAUUUUUCUUCCAGCAAUUUUUGAUGUGAUCGGCCUUAAGAGAAGCGACACAGAGAAGGCCAAACAGAAGCUGGAAUCCAUUUUCAAUCUGCAAUUCCAUGAAGAGUCCCUACUGGCAGAGAACAUCUCCAAUCUGAAAAAAGAGGAGGUCCAGGCUGUUUUAAACAAGGCAAAGCUUUUAAGAGUGCAGGCGACCAUCGAACACGAUGGUAGCAACAAGCUAUUGAUUAGGGGAGUCAAAUCAGAGGUAAUGGAAGUCAGCCGAAUGGUCCAGCAUUAUCUGAGGUCUGCACUAGAAAGGCAACUAAAGGAGGGGAAACAGAUUUUGGCUGAAGCUUUUGUGCAGUGGUACUAUGAAGAAGAUGACCGUUGGAAGGCAUUUGAUCCUGAAGCCAAUUUGCACUUGGAAACUAACAGAACAAGCAAGGAGACUGUGUUGAGGGAUAGAACUGGGAAGAUUCUCUGGAUUGACCUUCAACAGAUGAUGGCAACUGACCAAGACUGCAAACAAAGUGUGAGAGUGAAGAGGAUGGAGAAAAUGACAGACUACAUCUUACCUGUUUAUUGGGACAACAUGAACGAUCAACUUUUCAAGAAGUUCCAGCUACAGCCUCACACCAAAGAAUACCUGGACGUUGUAAAAUACUUCAACAAAACAGCUACCAACACAGUACACAAAGUAGAAAGGAUUCAGAACCAGUAUUUGAGGCAAAGUUACGAUUUGAAAAAGAAACAACUUGAGGCAAAGAAUGGACAGAACCAAGUGAGGGAGAGGAUUCUCUACCACGGCACUAAACUGGCUUCAUGUGAAUCAAUUGAGAAGACCGGAUUCAACAGGAGUUACGCAGGGAAGAAUGCCACAGCCUAUGGACAUGGGGUCUACUUUGCUGUCAACGCCAGCUAUUCUGCCCAGCCUACAUAUUCAUUACCUGACUCGAAGGGUCUGAGGUAUAUGUAUGUGGCCCGGGUUCUGACUGGUAGAUACACAGUUGGAAACUCCACAAUGAAAGUACCACCUAAGCGCUCUACUGACGCACAUGACCGCUAUGACAGCUUGGUGAACAAUGCUCAAAAUCCCACAAUUUUCGUCAUCUUUCAUGAUGACCAAGCUUACCCAGAUUAUUUAAUAACGUUUCAGUAACUCUUUGUUUAUGUUCCAGUUAAAGCUGACAAUGUGGAAUCUUUCAACAUGAACUACUGGCAAUAAUGCAAACUGAUUUAUUUUGAAUUAUUAUUUGCCGUCCAUUCUGGGCAAUACAUGCAAAUUUGAAGAACAAAAAGUUUGUCAAUGAAAUACAAAUGUUUGAUUUGAGUGGCGGUUUGGUGGAUUUUCAUCAAUAUGCAAUGCAACUCUUCAUGCAGAACAUGACAGUGUGCUUUAUAUUAAAAACUCUAAUGUACAAAGAAAUAUUUUUAAAAAGCCUAUGGCCAAUCAAUCCAGCUCAAGAAAAAGCCAAUGCAAACAAUUAUGUUGUUUCGUUUUUUUUAAAAACAAUAUGAUUUAAAAGACUUGGACCAGAUUUCCAAAGGCAGGGAGCAUAACAAAUAAAGGCCCUUGCCCCUCCUGAUUUUAGAUGAUUGCUACAAACUCCACAAAGUUCAACAUUCGCUGAUCUCAAGAUGUGACUAGGCGUAGAAGGUGCCAAUGUUUUCCUGUAACUAUAAGGCCCAAAACCACGAAGGCCCUUACUCAUUAUUAUACAACCAAAUAACAGCUUAAACAACAUUAUGUUUAAAAUGUGUUUGGAUAAAGACUAAGGGCACUCUUUACAUAAGAACAUAAGAAAGUUUACAAAAGAGAGGAGGCCAUUCGGCCCAUCUUGCUCGUUUGGUUGUUAGUA